CGUCUCACCCCGGACGCGCUGCCUUGCGCCUGUGCCGUGUGCGCACAUUUUCCUUUUCUGCUACAGUGAGAGGGCGUAUCCGCUGCCAGAAAAAGAGGCCGAGUCAUAAAACGCAAGUGGGAGGGCUUUACGGUGUUUUCGCUGGUUUGAAAACAUCGGAAGAAAACAGUGAACAGCCACGCCGCCCACUGAACACAGCCAGGCGCGCGUCAACGAUUUCGCAACAUCCACCACCGCCGCUGCUGCCGCUGCCCCGUUUACACGCACGGAGGGGAGCGGAGGAGGAGAGCAGACACCCACAGACAGACAGACAGACAGGCUGAGGACUGCUGCCGUUAUCCUACACGGGAACUGACAAAAAAAGGAAAAGUUGGUGUGACGCAGCAGGCGGCGAACGCACUCCCAACCCGUUCCCCAGACUGAGUAUAAGAUCAUUCACACAUCAGCGACAUCCACAGCAGAUGAAUGACCAUGUUGCCACUGAAGGGCUGUGACGUCACACUGAAGUUGUGGAUGAUGGUGGAAAACGCAUGAGAACUUCUCUGACUUCCCUCGGAGCUGUUUUUGGUUUUUCAUAUACUGUCUCUAAAGAACUAGUACAUAGAAGAAGGGAUCACUCGUCCACCUUUGAAAUAUGGAGACUCUUUCCCAGGAUUCCAUUCUGGAGUGCCAGAUCUGCUUUAACUAUUACAGUCCUCGGCGGCGGCCCAAACUCCUGGACUGCCGACACACGUGCUGCUCGGUGUGUUUGACCCAGAUGCGCAGCAGCCAGAAGGAGAUCCGUUGUCCCUGGUGUCGUGGCGUCACCAAACUCCCGCCGGGCCUGUCCGUCUCCCAGCUCCCAGACGAUCCGGACAUCAUCACCGUCAUCGCCAUCCCUCACGCCUCUGAGCACACGCCCGUCUUCAUCCGCCUCCCCAGCAACGGGUGCUACAUGCUGCCCUUGCCUGUUGCUAAGGAGCGGGCGCUUGGGCUGCCAGGAGAGCUGGGAUGUCGCUUCCUGCCCGGCACCCAGCAGAAGGGGGUGACAGUGGUGACCAUGCCCGAGCAGCAGCCUCUGGGCCUGGCCAUGGGUCUGGAGGGGGUAGGGCUGGAGGGAGGCGAGGGCGAGAGGAGAGUUACUGGUCCGGGGGGAGGAGGGGGGAAGGGCUCCACGUGGUCCGGCGUGUGCACGGUAAUCCUGGUGGCGUGCGUGCUGCUUUUCCUCCUGGGCAUUGUGUUGCACAACAUGUCUUGCAUCUCCAAACGCUUCACUGUCAUCUCCUGCGGCUGAGGACAGGGGGGGGACUGCUCGGACUGCUGAAGACCCCUCCUGGAUCCCCCUAAUAAGCCCUGUUCCUGCUCCAGCUGAGGAGCGGAGAUGGGAUUAAACUCACAACCAUGGGCAUCCACGAAAACUACAGAGCAACGUAGAGAGUCACCAACGAAGAAGAGGACGGGAAGGAGAUCCACAAAAUCUAUUCUUUUUUAAUUUGCAGGACUCAAAUGGAAAUCCACAUAAAACAUUACCCUCCCUGAGUCAAACAACACUGCUGGCUGUGAAACUGGGAAUUGUUCCAGUUUUAUUUUUGGCCAGCUGAUUUGUUUUUGGCGGAGAGCUGGUCUGACACUCACUCACAGCCGUUGCCUCUUUAGUCUGUGGUUUGUAGAAGUGCAUCAGUCAUUAUAGUGUUGUUUAGGUGAGUGCAGGCUCCGAGUGCAGUGUCUCCAGCUGGUGCAGAAAGUUUGUACUUGGCUGCUGUCAGUUUUUUUCUGAUGGUGCAGGAAUUAACUGUGCCAAAUCCACGUCUGGUGCCAUCUGAAUCAUCUUAAAAGUCAAUACAGCUUUUUAAUUUCCUUUUUUUUAUUCUUUAAACACAAGCUGUUCCCAUUCAGAAACUAUUGCUAUAAUGAUUCAUUCUGUUUUGUAAUGGGGUGGCUGUUUAUAAAAGUCAAAAAUAUGGAUUGUAUUGUUUAUUGGGUAUUAUUUUAUAUGUUUUCAGUCAUAAGUGAUAUGAGUCAUCCUUAAAUAGUCACAAUUGUUUGAGCCUUUUUACACUGAAAAUAUAGUACUAUGGUUCCAGCUCCAAAAAUAUGACAAAUUACUGUUUUUCUUUCAAUAUCUUUGGACUGUUAGUUUUAUUACUAUCAUGUAUUUCUCUUGUUAAUAUGCAACAUAAAUUGCGGUUGCUGUCUAAAUUUGUAAGAUUUGGAAUAACGUUUUGGUAGGAUGCUACAGUCUGAAAAGUAUUUAGAACCAGUGGCAGAUUAAUCAAUAUUAAUAAAACUGCUGGUAUGCUUACUUUUUACAUAGUUUACUCAAUAAUUUGGGAAAAACACUCAAUCUAAAAGUGAGAUGGUAAUAUCAAUAGUGGUCUUUAUAUCUGACCAUCAAAUUAAGCAAGUACUAGUAGGCUAAAAACCAGUGGCAAAUGAAUAAAUUGUGUAAAAAA